AUGCCUGAAUACGAGCUAUUUGCUUGGAGUGCUGGUCUAGACUUGCCUACAUUCGAUCCGUUCUGUUUGUCCAUUGCUGCAUAUUUGAACCUUGUUGGUGCUGACUGGUCCAUUCAUGAAUGCAAUACUCCUGGAAUCUCUCCAAAUGGUGAAUUGCCAGUGCUUCGUGCCGGAGUUGAACUAGUUGCAGGAACUUAUAGCAUCAUCAGUACACUCCAAUCCAAAGGACUAGAUAUGAAUAGCCAACUUUCACCAAAAGACAAAGCUGAAUCGCAAGCAUUUAUUUCACUUAUUGAAUCCAGGCUAUAUGAUGCAUUGUUGUACACUUGGUGGAUUGAAAGCGAAAACUACAAGAAAUCAACACAUCCAACACUUUUUGAAAAUCUGUCGUUUUUUGGAAGGUACAGCAUUCCUAGCCAACUCAAAGAAAAAACAAAGAUCAGACUGCAGGGAUAUCGCAUGAUUUGUAUCGAUGGAGAAAUGGUUCCCGAGAUCUAUGUGGUUGCUCGUGAGUCAUAUCGAGCACUUUCCAUCAAAUUGGGCGAUAAGAAAUACUUUUACGGCGACAGUCCAUCAACACUGGACGCUAUUGCAUACGGGCAUCUUGCACUUCAUGCUUAUCCGUCACUAGCAGUGCCAAAACUCUUUUCAAUUCUUACCUUUGAGUUUCCCAACUUGAUUGCAUACUGUGCUCGCUUCAAGCAAGAAGUUUUUGCAACACCGCUGACUCCGUCGUUGCUGGUUCGUCCAUCCUUGACAAAUAUGAUUUUCAACUUUGUGCGUGACCCCGAGCCGUACUUUUGCUUCUACUGGAAUGGAUUCCAAAACAAGAUGGUUUCACACGAUAGCAAAAAGUUGAAAGAACAACGAGUCCAAGCGUUUUGGAAAGGUGCUUCAAUUGUGGCAGCAGUGGGAUUCUUUGUUGGAUUUGUGUUUGCAAAUGGAAUUGUUCAAGUCUCGUUCCAAGACAGCGACCAAGAACGCAGUGAAGAUGAUGAGUCUGAAUCCAACACCACAUUGGAUUAUGACGACAUUUGGGAAUAA